UUCUCUGCUCCCUAUACAAUACCAGAGAAUCGGUUCAGAUUCAAAUCGCAGAAUAACAGCUUCAGACCAUCUUUCUCUCAUGGUAAUGAUCAUUUUUUAGGGAAAAGACCAGUCAUGAGGAACAACUUCAAGAAGAAAGACAGACAUUAAAUCCUGUUGACAUGGAAUGUGAAUCUUUUGAACAUUAUAAUUGGAAGAGUACUCCAGAAAGUGGAAGAAGACAAGGCAACAUUGAUAUUGAUAGCACCAAUGUUCACGACUCAACCAUGGUUUGCAAAAAUUCUUCAUCUGAUAGCCGGACAAUCUUACAUACUACCAAAGAAAAAUCUGUUGAUUCAUCCAUCAGAUCCUUCAAGGCAGCAUCCGUUAAAGAAAAUGCAGUUAGCAGUGUUUCCUUUAUCAGGACAAGACUUAACAGUUUUGGCUUACCAACAGACACUACAAACAUUUUAUAUGACUCAUGGAGAAGUUCCACAAAAAAGCAAUAUGGGAGUUAUCUCAACAAAUGGGUGCAAUUUUGUGUUAAAAGACAAAUUAAUUCAUUUAAAGCAUCUAAUUCUAUAGUUUUACAAUUUCUGACGGAACUAUUUCAAAAAGGUCUUGGAUACAGUGCUAUUAAUACAGCUCGAUCAGCUUUAUCAUCAGUGUUGGAUUGUGGGAAAGUCAAUCCUAUUGGGAAUGAUCCUUUAAUUUGUCGUUUUAUGAAAGGUGUAUAUAAUAAAAGACCAACUUUACCAAGAUAUGAAGUGACAUGGGACGUUGAUGUGAUGUUGAAGUUUUUAUGUACUCUAUCACCUGUAAAUAUGUUGACUUUGAAAAACCUCACGUUAAAGUUAACCAUGAUACUUAGUUUAUUAACAGCUCAGAGAACACAAACUUUACAUUUGAUGGAUAUCAAUGAUAUUACUGUUAAUAAUGAUGAACUAAUUAUAAAAGUGACAAUAUUGAUCAAAACUUCGAAACCAGGGAGUCAUUUAUCAGACAUACAUUUGCCAGCAUACAACAAAGACAAAUCUUUAUGUGUUGUGGAUACAUUUAAUGAGUACAUUAAAAGAACUAAAUCACAAGGGGACAAUAUACUAAGUUAUUUAUUAUGACUAUGAAACCACAUAAACCUGUGUCAAAAAACACUAUAAGUAGAUGGAUUAAAUUAACAAUGAAACUUGCAGGAUUAGAUAUUAACUUGUUUAAGCCCCAUAGUGUUAGGUCAGCUGCAACUUCAUCUGCUAAAAAAGCAGGGAUUUCUUUAGAUGUUAUAAUGAAAUCAGCUGGUUGGAAAAAAGAAUCAACUUUUAGAAAGUUUUAUGACAAACCUGUAGUAAACAAUAACAAAAAUAAGGGUUUGAGUAAAGUACUUCUUGAUAACUAUUUUUG